AUGCUGCUGUUAGAUUAUGAAAAUGUUCUUAUUCGGUCACUCCUGACGGAGCGGUUUUCUGGAGCCCCGCCGGCGUCCAUUGACCAAAUUGUGUCCGACUUCGACGGCGUUACGUUCCACCUAUCUACCCCCGAUGUCAAGACCAAGAUUCUCAUUUCCAUCAAUGUGAAAUGCUUCCGAGAACUGGUUCAGUAUGGCGCCCAGCAGGUCUUGGAAAGAGAAUAUGGUCCCUACAUUGUCGCUCCCGAGCCGGGCUACGACUUUUCCGUUCAGAUCGACUUGGAGAACCUACCCGAUGACCAGACAGCGCGAGAGGAUCUCAUCACGCGGUUAGCUUUGCUGAAGCGCAACGCAAUGGCUGCCCCGUUCGAGAAGGCGUUCGACGAGUUCGCCCAACUAGCGGAGGAGGCUUCAAAGUAUACCUCGGAGGCGGCACCCGCGGGCGUUGCAGAGGGUGGAGAGGUCAUGGCCAUCCAUUACCGAGAGGAAGAAGCGAUCUAUAUCAAAGCCAGUCAUGACCGAGUGACCGUGAUCUUCAGCACAGUAUUCCGCGAGGAGACAGAUCGUAUCUUUGGCAAGGUCUUCUUGCAGGAAUUCGUGGACGCCCGGCGACGUGUUUUGACCCUGCAGAAUGCGCCUCAAGUACUCUUCCGAAACGACCCUCCCCUGGAACUGGCAGGUGUCCCCGGUCUACAGGACGCCGGUGAGGGCAAGAUCAGUUAUAUCACAUUUGUCCUUUUCCCUCGUCACUUGACGCCGCAGCGACGCCACGAAAACAUUUCACACAUCCAGACCUUCCGCGACUAUUUCCACUACCACAUCAAAGCGUCCAAGGCAUACAUUCACACUAGAAUGCGCAAGCGAACUGCCGAUUUCCUCCAAGUCCUCAACCGAGCGAGACCCGAGAACGAGGAGCGAGAAAGGAAGACGGCAAGUGGGCGUACUUUCAGGGUUCAGGGAUAG